GUCCGUUAAUGGUGACAGAGGCCCUGAAGCCGUACUCUAAAGGCGGACCUCGUGUCUGGUUUGUGUCUAACAUCGAUGGGACGCACGUCGCUAAGACUCUGGCUGAACUCAACGCUGAGACCACACUCUUCAUCAUCGCAUCGAAGACAUUCACGACCCAGGAAACCAUCACAAACGCUGAAUCAGCGAAGGAGUGGUUCCUGCAGGCCGCCAAAGACAAAUCUGCAGUGGCCAAGCAUUUCGUGGCACUCUCAACCAACGGAGUAAGUGCAUUAUAGUUUAAAUGUCAAGGC